AUUUUUUCCAAGCGAUACAAUACUGUCACUAUCAUGGAAUGGCGCUUUUGAGCAUUGAAAACGCAGAAGAGAACAAUUUUUUGUGGGAAAAACUGAAACCUUUCCUUGGUGCUGGCGAUUACCGCUUCUGGACAUCUGGUACCACCUUACCAGACGACCACUGGGUUUGGUUGGCCACGGGAAGGCCCAUCAUAUACGCUAAUUGGUACCCUAAUCAACCAGACAACGCGGGGAACAACGAGAAAUGUUUAGAAAUCAGAUAUACUCACACUAACAAGGCUAUGAUGUGGAAUGAUCACGUUUGUACCGCUCCAAAAUAUGUUAUUUGUGAAUCGUUACAGGCUAAUUGUAUUUCAAGCUGAAGAUAUUCCUAGUAUCUAUUUUUUCUGUCUAUUUUUCUUUUC